GUCGGCCCUCCGGGCACCUGCGGUGCCCUCCGGAUUGAGUCAAUCAACAUGUACCAACUACUUCCGUGAAUCUACCGGAUUUCAGAGGCACUGAGGCGUUCGAAUUCAACAGGACUAAUACGGGCAACCCAGCCAGCAAAAUCAGUCAGGAUGCCCUUUCCUUUCCAUCCUCUCAUUUGCGAAUUCUUCACGAGGAAAGCGGUAUAUCCUGCACCAACGACACGUCUCCACACAGAGAUGAACUCAUCCUUGGACAUAAGGGUGUCAUAAAGAGGAAGGUUGUCCACUCGCAGAUCGUAUGGCGGCACGAUUGGUCCCUUGUUGUUCUCAAAUCCUUUUUGGUGGGCAAACGCCGGGUGGAUCAACAAAUGAUGCUGUGGCAUGAGAUGGAUGUGUCUGGUCAAGUUCGGCUGGGCGCGGAUCAUUUCCGUCGGCACAAGCUGACCCCAGUCUUGGCUCCGCCGUGUCCGGGCAAUCUCUUCCAUCCAGGCCAACAAGAAGGGAUUCCUUGGUUCAAAAUUGACCAAAGGAUCGUUUUGAAUGUGGAACUUCCACUUCGGGUUGGCGUUGGGGUGCUGCUUGUGCUUUCCAUCUACCAAAGUGAACGUGGACCCAAAAUAAUGUUUCUUUGUUUCCCCGGGCCAUUCCAGGAUGGGAAGCACAUUUAGAUCCUGCAUGAUGGGGCGCAGCAUCAGGUCAUCCGUGUCCAUCCAGGUACCUCCCCAUUUCCACAGCGCUACAAGCCGAACCGCAUCGCUGGUUUCUCUCCAAUCCACAGGUUGCAUGCCUUGAAGCGGCGUGUCGUCAAAGAAAGAUUGAGACCAAAACAGUAGAUGCACCUUGGGAUAUUCAGUCAACUUUUCCUCCAGACUUGCCGAUACAAUCUUACGCUCCGUAAUGAAAUAGACAUGCGAUUUUGGUUGAAACAGGGAUAUACCGUUGAGCAAAUGUUGAAGUUGGCGGGAGCGAUAAAUGUCGGGUGGUUUUCCGCACCACAUAAGAAAAAUAUUGUCGAUCGUGGGCGUAGGAUGAUCAAACGAAGGAGACGGCGUGAUGCGUGGAUGUCUUGCGGAUUCCUCAACGUCGCGAUGUACUAGAGUCAUUGUCGUCAUGAGCGGCAGCUCAUUACCUUUCCCGAAUGUCACAGCAAAAGUCCAGGAUGGUGAUUCGGAGUCCGACUGCUGCUGCUCCGGCGGCCGAGAGAGCCGUCUGGGAAAAGGGGCCAGGCCGACGGCAAAAUAAAAAGAAGUGUCUCGAUCCUGCACGGCAAUUGGAUCCACUGGCAUGAUGGACCGACAGCGGGGAAUCCAUGCAUCAUAGCUCGGAUGUCUCUCCGCAUUGAAGAUCACAACGCGAUGAUCAUACCAAAGGUGUCCUUUGAUUCGUUUUUGUUGAUGAACGAUGGCCACCAUCAGGGACUUCUCACUUAGGGGUUGCUGCAUCAAGGCAUCAAUGGCAUGUGGACCAUUCAGCCCCCAAUCCAAUGGCACGAGUUGAGAGCUCCCACGCCACUUGGUACUCUUGAGAGUUUGACAUGAUCCUGGCGAUAAUGACAUGGAUGUACGCCAGACGGCUUGACCAUUAGUUGUAUCGAUCCCAGAUACUAACGGUCCGCCAUUAUUCUCGGCCCCAAAAUCCACAAACACGUUGACAGUCGUCAGAUCAGGAAGGGGAUAUAGCAUCGGCACGAGGUUUUUGCGGGGUACCCGGUCUUCGUCCAUCACAAGUUCUACGCCGCUUAAAUUGUCGGUGCACGAGCCGACACAGUUCGCUGCCAUCAUUUGUACGCCUUGAUAUCCUGAGGGCUUAGGCACGCAACAUCGAAUCUCGAUCGAGAGGGGCUGCCCAUCCAUUCCGUGUGGAUACCGCUUAUCAUGAGACGCCUCACAUGGCCGCGGACAUGAAGCCCACAGACUGUCGUCGAACCGCAGCGCGUCCAUCCUGAAAACGCGCUGUGAGUAAUUGGCCGUCAUUCUGUAUCCUGCCCGUCUCCAGUGGCCUCGUCUCGUUCCCCCUGAACCCGCCAGAGCAAGCUCUCCAUCCUUUCCAUGUCGGGUCAGGAACAGACGCACGUCGGCCACCUUUUCACCCCGCAUGUUUUGCACGAAGAUAGGCUCUACAAGCCAAUCGUCAACCUGCACAGACAAUCAUGACAGAGUAUCUUCGCAAGCCUACAUUUACCUGCACGGAAUGUGAUCGCCCGUCAAGAAUGUGUUGCAGCCGCUGAGGCCGGAUGAAGCCGACGAAAUUGUGAGCUCCAUACGCCGCGUUGGGAAUGCGUGCAAACCAUGAGAUGGCCAACACCCCCUCCAGACAAUAGGGAGAGACACCCACAAAUGAGGAACAGAGCGGAGCCCAUGCAGAUUGUGGAACAAAGAGGAUGGAGGGGUUGUACGGAAGCCAUUUCUCUUGACGAAGGUAGGACCCGCCCAGGGUAAUAUGCUGUCCCGAUUGGAUUAGACGCAGCAUGUCUGCGGUCGUCAUCGGGAUCGCCGCCGGGGGGGCCUGCGAUUGUCUCGGGAUUGCACCUCGAGUCUGAAUCAAAUACCAGCCCAGCCAUUGGCAACCCAAAAAUAAACCCAGAAAUAGACACAGGGGCCACAUCCAUGGGACAGCAGGCCGCGGGAUAGAUACAGAUUCCGACUGGACUGGACUGCCUUGUGCCAUCCUCGAGCCGAUCAGCUCGCGAAAGAGAACGGCUAUGGAACCGCCGAGUGGGGAAAGUGAGCAGAAACAAUGCAACAGAGCAACCCGCUCAUUCGAAACCCCGGCGACAGUUAGGCCGGGGGAUGCACACGACGCGUUAAAUCCCCAUUCUAGUACAUGCGUUAAAUCCAUUUCAUAAGGGCUAUCAUGCAUACACAAUUUCCUUGCAUAGUGUGGCACCCUCAAUUUUUAUGUUUAGUUGCUUUGUUUUAAAUGCUUUGCCGGUUUUUAAAUAUUCUUCGGCACAUUUGGGACGUUUUAAAAAUGCGCGAACAGGGGAGGAGGCUUCAACGGGGUGGGUUUGAGGCCCUCUGGCAGCUAAAGCAAGCAACCGCAGGCAUAAAAAUUUGGGUUGAGUCCACGAGACCGCCAUAGGCUCCUUCUGACUACGGUGUGUGUUCAGCACACAGCAACUUCAACUCCAACAACCCUCCAGCUCAGCUUUCAGCUGUAGUGUGAAUGCAUUACAUCCGUGUCGUAGCGUGUGUGGCAUCGCUAUCGGCUUUCCUUUCUUAGCAGAUUUCGUAUAUGGACGUUUCUUCAGGCGCUUUUCCAACGUCAACACAGACCCCAUGAUCACAACCAGAGUGGAGCGGAUGAGAUGGCCUCCAUGUCCUGUCCAAAGGAUGCCCUGGUUUUGGCUGCCCUCGAAAGCGACGAAUUUCGGAGACGAUUACAACCUUGACCUUGGUGCCGCACUGCUGCACCGGGCGCCACUUCGUACCUAUUCUCCGUCAUCCUCGUAUUCUAGUGGGUUGUGGAUGACUUCGGAUCGCGAGGUAUCUCCCAAGGUGGUGGCCUGUGGGUCGGUGCUUCCUGUGGUGCGCAAGGGUGACGUGGUGGCUGGUCCCGGGGGAUAUGCCAUGCAAAGGGGGAUCAAUUUUGACGCCUUGCGUGAUCCCAACACAACUAUUGCAAGCGUCCGCGGUCCAGAUACCGCCUCCCUUCUGCGCAACCACUCGGUAGAUCAUUCUGACUUCCUUCCCAAUAUCGACCCAGGACUGUUGGCGGGGACUUUAGUGUGGCCUCAUUUACGCAACAAACCACAACGUGGCUCGACGGGCGCUUCAGAGAAACCUCGCCGCGUGUGCUUGAUUCCACACGGCAGCGACGUCGCCUUUGAGCGACACGCUCGUCGGUUUUGGACCGACAUCCACAUACUUUCUGUUCAUCAACGAGCCUCGAAAAUGGCGAUUGCUAUGGGGGAAUGCAAUCUGAUUUUGUCUACCUCUCUGCAUGGGCUCGUGUUUGCGGACGCCUUUCAAAUUCCAUCUAUUUGGAUCCACAGCAAAGGCACAUCCCAGAAACCUUUUAAAUUCAACGACUACUUCGCAUCUUUGGGACACCCCCGCAACCACUGGGCGCCUAGUAUUAAGGCCGCACUGGAUAUUCCUCAACAAUAUACUCGCCCUGUAUUGAGCGACGUCGUGUUCGAAGACCUGGCCCGUCAUUAUCUUGAAUCGUUUCCCUUCUCGCGAGUUUGUGGCAAGGAAGUAGAAUAGUGCCAUUUUGUCCUGCGUCUGGUAAACUUUCGAGGGCUGGCUCUGUGUUGACGGAGCGCAGAACGAUGGUCGCUUGCAUGCCGACAGAGCAUUGAAGGGUGUAUCGUGAACUGAUGCGUUCGUGUUUACUUCAUGGGAAACGAAAGAGAAAACAGCCGGCAACGGCGCUUUUGGUGGAUUUUCCGGGUCUUUUCGGCGGUUCGAAGUGCUCCGUACAGAUAUCGAAACGCAGAUUUUCAAAAAAGUUGAGACCUAGACCCAAGACCGGGGCUGUAUAACCACAAGUAAGGCGCCCAGCAAGCUGAGCGCGGUGCACGACCCCCACAGUGGAUGGGGCGAUUGCGCGUUUGACGGAGAAUGCGGAUGUGUCCAAAACACACGUCGAUCACACCAUCCAUUGCGAUGAAUUAAGAACACAUACAAUUGCAUGCAUCUCCUUCUCCCUUUUGUAGCUGUGUGUGUAUGUCUCUGUGCGCGGAUGUGUCAGGUGGGAACACUAACAGGUGCACAGGUAAGGACAAGACGCACAGCACAAAUCAUGAAGUGGGGGGGAAGCGCGGAUUACGAGGGCGACAGACAAACAGCGCAGAUCAACAAACAAGUGAUUCUCCGCUAAAUCGUCUACAAAUGACCGGUGAGAGAAGAGUGUGCCUUCUUGAUGUCGAGCCUAUUGGCACGAUAGUCGAUUGGCCCACGCUCUUGAGGAGCUUGCCCAGAGUCGUGACGACAGCAGCCCAUCGUGAGACGGCUUCCUUGUCAUGUCUUUGUCGUUUGUGUCGAUGACGUCGCCGAACUCUGCAGACACAGAUGAGAGAGGCGUCGUUGUGUGGGAGAUGUGUGUGUGUGUGUGUGUGCGUGGGUGGGUGGCGUGUGUAUACACGUGGUACCUCACCUGAUGUCGAUCCGCGCUGGCGACCCUGACCACUGCAGGCCACGGCUUUUUCACCGUCGUUGGUGACGGCACACCUGAUGCACGUAGAGAUCUCAUGCAAGCGACACCAGCAACGCACAGCCAGAUGGUCGUCAUGUGGAAGCCACGAUGCUCCUCUGUUUGCCCUUGUUUACUUGGCUUUGCCAUUCUUUGCCAUCGGGCAAGCGAGUGGGGCCGUUUACCAUAAGCCCUUCUUAACUUAGAGUGCGCAGCCACUUGAGGGUGUUCUUAUCUCCAGGAAGUUACGACCGAAGUCGCCUGAUUCUUAUGUAAUGGUAGGAGAGGAGGGGCAAGGGUGGAUGUAUUACCUGCAGCAGACAGGCACGCACAAAGCACCACACGUACGGGAUGGAUGAAAGCCUUCUUCAGGCCUGCCUACCAUUGUCUUUGCUUAGACGUAUGGUGGUCGUUCGGGCGACAAAUCGUGUCUUUUCGACCAGGCAGAGAUCGAUCGCCUGACUGACCAGCCACACAGACAGACAGCCCGACAGACAGCCCGACAGACAGACAGCCAAGGAGAGUGAGGGAGGGUGCUGUGUUUAUGGAUGUGUGUGUGUUCGCGUGUGACGGCACGCCUGAUGCACGUAGAGAUCUCAUGCAAGCGACACCCGCGACGCACACAGCCAGAUGGUCGUUAUGUGGAAGCCACGAUGUGCCAUUCUGCUCGUCAUUCACGACCCGUCGCCGGUUGUGUCUAUGAGGCCUGAUAUUGUGUGCGCCCAAGAACAGAGCCACCGAGCUAUUGGGCCAUCGCAUCAGAAGCUUGUCGAAUUGUGCCUUCCAUGUCUCGGCACCGACAGGCUCGAAGGGCUUCGCAUCGUCUUCAAAAAAUAUUGCCGUGUCAACGUUAUCUUCGAUAGCACGAUCGACCGCGUGGAUACUGCCGGCAAGAAUUCCUAGUCCUCGUCUCGGCGCGCGGAACGUCUUGAUUUGCUGCAUAUCGAGCUCAGGAUACGCGGCUGUCCAUUCCCUCAAAAAGCGAGAGUAACGUCCGGGUUCGCCAGCAGCCUCGGGCAGAGUCAUCACGUACCCACGACGUAUCGCAUGUGGCAUCCCUUCGGAAUCCUCACUUAAGCCACAGCUGUUCGUGAAGUUGCCGGGUGUCGACAGUCUGAACAGGAAAGGGAAAGAGAUCGGCGAUGGUAAGACAGAAGGACCUGGUGUCCACUUGAUGCCCACAUUCACCUCUUUGGAAACAAGUGCCACGGAAAGGCUGCAAACAGUGCACGGUAAUCAAAGUCGACAACUGGAGGCAUCGGUCCCAUGUCCAAUGCUUCUUGGUACGAGGUCGCUGGCUGAAAAGUGCGAUUCGUUGCAUAAUAGUAAUCCUUGUACUUGUGAAGCCGUCCAUUCGAGUUUGUCUCCAACAUCAGCCGCGAAGGAAUCCCAAAUGAUUCAGCAAUGAUCAACCCAUGCAGUGACGAGCUCACGACAAACGCGCACCUGACCAGCUCGCUCAGCACUACCUUCCAGUCCUGCAUCGGUGUGAUCACGUGACCGGGAUACUCGGAUUCAUUCAGGCCCCGGCGAAUCUCCUUAAUUUGAGGGACAUAACAAACAUCGUAUUUGGGUGGCCAGUGAAGUUUGAAUUCGGGGAAAAGACACGGCACGAGCAUGCCCGCAUCGCCAUACACCACAGGCAGAGCCUCCGCAUCACCAUAUCCCUUCUCAAGCAAAAAGCUUCGUGUCUCGGGACCUCGAAUGGCAAACAGAGUCACGUUGCUUGGGAGUGGUCGUCUCAGCGUCUGUUCGCCCAGCAUUCCAAUCAACCAGCCGUAAUCGCCAGAGCGGACAAAAUGCAGUACAGAGCCAAUGGGAAGUAAACACUUUCCUCCCCGACGGCUUCGCAGGUUUCGCCACGGAAGUUGGAAGCGGCGACCGAGCAUUCUCUCCACCAGAGCCAGCCCAAUGUCAUCACCGAAGUUCUUUUCGUUGGAGUAUGUGCAGACGGCAAAGCCGAGAUCAAGUGGGAGGGAUAUCCAUGAGGCAUUUGCCAGUGACUCUUCGAGGCCUGGCACCUGGACACUCUGGCGCACACACCCUGGAAUCGGUGCCGAGGAUGCUCCUGGGACGCCUUUGUCUGGCGUAGCUUUGGAACCCUCACUGAACCUGUUCGUAAAAUUGCCGAUUGCUGACGAUCUGAAUAAAAGAGGGAGAGGGACCGGCGAUUUGAGAUACCACAGCUCCUCCCGAAAACACAGUGUCAACAGGACAAGAACCGAAGCAGACAGCAGAGUAAAACAGGAAGACAAAGACAGCAUCAGCACUGAUGAUCACUCUACAAUCCGCCAGAAGGCGACCGUUAACGCACAGACUUCCUUCAGCUUUGACUUGAUAUUUGUGUGAGCGUCUGUGAACUUCAGUGUGAAGCAGCAUCUCGACGACCUCUCUCAAAAAAAAGGCUGCCAUUGUUUGGGAAUCAUUCUAAUCCCGUCUUGGAAGUGGCUGAAAUUCAGCAAUGAGUAGGAAUAGCACAGUGCACAUGACAUCUCGUCUCAAGCGUGGUGGACGGAAAUCAGCAUUGAAGAUUCGCCCAUCCAUAUAGACCGCUGCCGUCUCUGAGGUGGUCGGCCCCUCCUUCUCCCUCCCCUCUCUCCAGGACCUUCUCUCGAGACUGCAGGUUCGGCUACAGCAGCGCCUGACCGAUCAACUGCACAAGUUCCGCUUCAACGAGCUCUUCAACUCCCGCUCCCCCGACAGCAGAGCCCGCGCCCGUCUUCUGAGCUGCCAAGGGCCUCUUUCGUCUGGUUGGCUGUCAGCAAUCCCUUCCAGCGAUAGCAAGACACUGAACAACUUCCAGUAUCGCCAUGCAGUCGCCGGGUGCUCCGGCUUUGCCGUCCCGCACGCAACCGUCUCGCAGCGAUGCAUCUGCGGCGGGGAGGUGGACAAGUUUGGCGAUCACUUCUACGUGUGUCACAUCGGCCGUGAGCGGGUCACGAGACACAGCAAUAUGCGCAACUUGUUUGUUCGCAUCCUGGCUGAGGCAUAUGUCCCUUCCAAUGUGGAGGUGUCUCUGCGCAGCCUCGGCAUCACCCCGCCCGACGACAACCCCAAGAGCUAGCGGAUGGGCAUCUAUUGUGUGAUCGACGGCAGUGAAUACUUGCUCGACGUCACCAUCGCCCACCCCUGCCGGCCUGACGACUCCCCCAUUCCCUUCCACCGAACAGUCAACCGGCGCACUGCACAGCUUCCGGGUGGCAAGGCGGCUCAGCUUGCGGAGAAAGACAAGAUCGACAAGUAGUACCCGACCGCCCAAGCAGCCGGCUUCCGCUUCGUGCCUCUCGCCGCUGAAAAAUUCGGCAGGGGGCAGAGAAGACCAUAGACUUUCUCAAGAUGCUCGCCAAGCGGAAGCCCCGCCACACAUCCAUUCCCAUGGAGGAGGACACAGCUCCCCGAGAGAGCAUCGUCAACCACUGGAGCCAGCUCCUGUCCGUCGAGCUGAUGAAGCACAACGCGUUUCAAGUGGCGAGUCGUGCGCAGCUCGCGGCGGCCGCCAGAGGGCCACGGAGGGCCAGCGCGUUUCCGGAGGAUGUUAUGGUGUGCUUGUGAUAGCCACUUGGGGGUGGUGCUUCUGCAGUCAGAGAGACAUUGGUGUGAGGCGUGCAUUGGUGCACCUGUUGGCCCAUCCAUGGGGAGUCUCUGGCAGCCCCGUGAGGGAGGCCUUUGCAUUGGCCUCGAGAGCAUUGCAAAUACGGCCUUUUGUCGUUCUCACCGGAUUGACAGCCAUGGCUGCAAGACGCACACACACAUCAAGGAGCACAGGAGGGUGCAUGUUUGUCUGUGGCGUUGGCACGUAGUGCGAGUAUGUCUGUGUGUGGUGGGCGACGCCACUGGAGGAUGCGCCAGGCGGGCGCCGAGGAUGGUGCUGGUAUGUUUGUCGCGUGAUCAUUGAGAGUAAGUCGAUUGAGACAGUUUAUUUCAUGAGAGACCGACAGACUUUUCCUGUCGUUCUGCUAUGUGUUAGUCCAUCUCCCCCCACAUGCACACGAGUGGGCCGUAACAUAUACUGCAAUGGCAGACACACACGGACGACAGUCGAGUGUAUGCACAGACGCGAAAAGCAACCCACGUCACACGACUUCUGAGUGCCUAAUAGGCGGGAAGCCGUGGUUUCGUCGAAUAAAGCGGAAAGGGAGGACGAUAUAUUCUCUGCAUGUAGGCAUGUUUUCUGAAUCUUUUCUUGUGGCAGUGCGUUUCUCGUCUGCGUGACCUGUUGAAAUGUGAGAGCUUGCUAUCUGAAGUAUUACAUCGUAAUGAGGUGAUUUUGCGAGACGAUGGCAUUCAUAAACUAUUUACCUUGCCCUACGUCAGUCAACACGCUCCACUGGCUCUGUUCCUUUUUUCAGACCACACUUCAUAUUAUACGCACACACGCGCAUCAGUGCAACGUCAGUCAUACCACACGUUCGCGACGCUAUCCAUGCCCCUUUCACAUCCGGAUGGUGUGAGAUAAGAAAGUGUCGCUUGGGUCAAAGACCCAGGACACAUGCACACACUCCUUGUCUGCACACGAACUGAAGCGAGGGCACCCACACGGUCAGCCAGACUCCUCCCUGCGAUCCAAUUGCUGUGAUCAACACUAUUCCCCCGUCUCCUCCCCUUCCAAGACGGGAGGAAAUACUUACAGAAAAUGUAGUUGGAGAGUAUCAUGCAGGAAGGCACACCGAAAGAAAAAGGGGAACACAGAAAUAUUUCAAGACACAUCUGCACUUGUAGUGCCACUUAAAGGUCUUUGCCACACUUCGUGUCUCGAACUCCCCAUUGACUGUUCUCCUCGUGUGAAACGUAAUAGCUGCGUCGGCUCAGGAGCGCAUGUUCUAGGCACGACAAGCAGCGGAAGCUGUCGAUGAUGUGUCGAUAAGACAGGGACGAGAUAUACACAUGUCUCUAAGCGAAAAGUCAAAUCACAAAAGCGAGAGCACACACAGCACCUACCCAACAUCCUUCUCUCCAGCACCCGCCCCCUUGCCCCCAUUUGACACUUUCCGGCAUGACCCACCUCCACAACUGGAAACUGACCACUGAAAACUGACCGCCACGUGAAAUUAAGAGUGAGCUUCGACUGUAAAUGAAUGGUGAUACAUGAAUGAAUAGAAAGUAUGACGAGACAGCUGUGCACCACUCGUACGUGAACAUGAAAUCUACGAUAAAAUCUACGUCUUAUCUCUGACAAUUGUGAUGUGCUGAAGCCAAGGUCCACUGGGCCAGCCUCUGUCUACACGUAGCACAGCGAUACAAACGCCACUGCCUGUGUGGGGCUCUCCGAGAGUAUUGGUAGGCACGCAGGACACACAUACGUACAAUUCCUGUCUGUACACGAAAAAUCAGAGCACAGCCACGACCACCCAGACUUCCUUCCGCGACCAGCCAAGUUUCCCAUCUCCUUUACCCUCCGGUCUGCAGUCUGUAGAAGAAAACACCAGAAUGCAACUAGGCCCCAGACAACACGAAGGAAAUGGUGGCGAAUGUGGUGGGAAAAGGUCACGCAGGCACACAGAAAGGACAACACAUGUAUGAGAGAACUUCCAGGCAGUCAGCCACUGGUCUAGUGUAGGGAGCUGGCAAUCAAUGUCCAAAUCGGAUGGAGUAAAGAAGAAGAGAGCACCAAAAUCCGGAGGGUUGCGAGGGCUGCAGUCGUGCGUGGCAAGGACAAAAGGGAUCGUCGAGCAAACAGAGGUGUAGGAAACGGAAGGGGCACAAAAACAAGGACAAGACGACAGCUGCAAUAGUGAGACAGCAAGAGAGAUGGAAAGUUAGCCUCAUCACAAUGAGCACAAUUAGCCCGAGAGUGUCAAAACCAACCAUAUCCACAGCAUCCCAACAAGGCGGGGGUGUGACCCACCAUACAGCGUCAGGUCAAUUCUGCUUUUUGUGUUUUCGUUGCUUCUUGCCCUUCAUGUGGUUCGCCUCCGACUGCUCACCACCACGAUUAAUUUUUGGGGUGUCCCACGGCACAUUCCCGUUUUGCUGCAGUUGCCUGCUCUCGCUUCGCGCCACCUCUGUGGUGUUGGAGCUGACUGCAGCCAACCGACGACCCUCCGGGCAGCCAAGGUUGUCUGGGUCAGACUGAGAAGGAAAUAAAACACGUAAUCAUCAUUCCUUUGCAUUCACGUAAUGAUUUGGAAUAACUCACGAGGGAAGAACAGAGGAAAAAGGGGCUCGUGUCUUCAUCUCGCUUCCUCACGAACGAUUGUCCCCUCACUUUGAUCACUCCUUCCGUGUGGCCAAUCUUGCCGAUCCAAAGGAAGAGAUUGCCCCUUGGGUCUUCUUCGAAGCUUUCAAAGUCAAGGCUGCCAGCAGAUCACAGAACGAGUAAGCGAAGCCACAAAUGUAACAUGAACAUGAGACAUACCAGCAUGACUGAAGAUUCACGCUUGGAAAGGGCCCUCCGUUGAUCUGCAGGUCUUCUGCGAGCUUGCUGUAGAAUACAGCAAAUCCGUCGAAACCCCUUUCGUCUGUGGUGGCAGGACAGGUGCCUGGCAGGAACGCACAAAUAGACAGUCGAUGAAGCCAGGCAGGGACGCGCACACGACCACUGACCAGUACAGCACUCCUGGUUGUUGAAGCCCCAAAUGAUGGAUUUGACAAACUGAAAACAGCGACAGGAUUGCGUGUGGAAGGACGAUGUUUUCAACAGUGUUGCCUUCCUUACCUCUUCAGUGUUGCUUUCUAUUUCUGCAGCAAGGAUCUGAACGAUUGGAAUCGCACUCUGUUCCUCUGUCACUUCGCUUAGCCUACCUCCCACUGAACGUCGACGACAUAAUCGCUAUGAGGAGGCAGAUGCUCCCGAACAUCUUUGAGGAUCCCAUCUUUUUCCUCCAGGAAUGAAAGUCGGUUGACGACAAGAUCGGUCAGACCUGGGUUGGAGAACGUUUUUGCCGGAAGAUCUUCCGGAUCGAAGAGGUUGAAAACGUCUAAAUGAGAUUUCACAGAAAAGUUCACGAAAGCCUUUCCCGCCUGAGAGAUCGCUCCUCACCCGUGCCACAUAUGGUAUCAUCCUCGUCGACUUCACCCGCGACGAACUCCUCACCGGUGACAGUGGUGUCCUUGUCGACGUAGCCUAGACACGUACAAGACAGGAUAAAAGACGAACGAAAGACUGCACACGUAUGUACCUAAUAGGCGGGGCGCCGUGGUAUCGUCGAAUCUAAUCGUCCUCUCAAAUCCACACGAUUCUUCCGUCUCGGAAUCGCACAGUGUGACAUCGUCACCUGGCUUGCGGGCAUUCGUCACACGGGUGGCGAGAAGGUCGUAGAAUUGGGCCGAGUCUCUAUCAGGAUCGCUGAAAUCGACCGAGUCUCUAAUAACGGAUGGCGGGCACGUCAACUGCGGCGAAAGGGACAGGAACAGACCGUCGUUGAGACGAAAGUAACCAAGUGUAGCUUUCCUUUGUCGUGUCUUUCCCGUCCGCAGACGGAUUCAACAGUUCAUCAGUCCUCUACACAAACAUAGCGCUACCACAGUCAUCACAUACGGAUAUGAUGUCUCGUGUCUUACAAGUUGAUGCUCGCGCGAGGGGCAGUCUGCAGCACGAAAGCUUAUACAGCACGUGGCAUACAUUUCUCAGAUUCGGGACACCAUGCCUUUACUCUUACUUGAGAAGAAACACUCGCCAUCCAAGGAUUGCUUCAUGGCAACAUCGUCCCUCAAAGUCCGAUGGAAACGCCAAACGUCGACGAAACAGCAUUCCGCUGCGGUACACUCCUCUUCCUUCACUUCGUUUCCGGCAAAGGAUGAGAUGCAAACGCGUGCGGGGUCCUCCUUGUCCGGCCCGAAAUCCUCACAGAAGAGAGGAUGGGCUUGUGUCAGCCGGAACACCACGACGCAGAGGUUAAGGAAAGCGAGGAAACACGCCGCCCGUCCCAUUUUCGAGCUGAAAGCAGAGGUGCUUGUCGAACUUUGAAAUGUCUAUGGAAAUCUUUU